AUGCACUUAUUACCAGCUUAUAGACAUCUGUCUGAGACACAAGAAGAGAUGAUAUGGGAGCUUGGUACAUUGAAUCUUGGGCCAGUGAAAGCCUUUAAUAUAAUGAGAAAAAGAUACGGAGGGUUUGAAAAUGUAGGCGCAACUAAAGACGAUUGCAAGAAUUUUAGAGCUAGGAUACAUAGCUACAUCGCACAGUAUGAUGCAGAUAUGGUUAUCAAUAGGUUGACCGAUAAAAAGCAGUUUAUGGUUGAUUAUUCAUUCUUUCAUUCGGUCGAUGAAAACAAACGAUUAACCGGCCUGUUUUGGGCCGAUGGCUUGUGCAAACGUAAUUAUGCUGAGUUUGGAGAUGUCAUAUCGUUUGAUGCUACAUUUAAAACCAACAAGUAUAAAAUGGUUUUUGUACCUUUUACUGGUAUUGAUAAUCAUUGUCGAAAUGUGACACUUGGAGCCGGGUUGUUAGCAUCCGAAAGCAUUGAAUCAUACAAGUGGCUUUUACAGUCAUUUUUGAACUCAUUUGGUAAGCAGCCGAAUGUGGUUGUCACUGAUCAGGAUCCCGCGAUGAAACAAGCCAUCGAAGCAGUGUUCGAUAAGAGUAGGCACAGAUUAUGUAUGUGGCACAUAAUGAAGAAACUUGCUGAUAAGGUCGGACAUCAGCUGUGCAAUAACGAAGACUUUAAGAGACGUAUGUGUGACAUUGUAUGGACAGAUUCGAUUACGCCAGAAACGUUUGAGAGAGACUGGAAGCUGAUAAUGAUUGAUUUCGGUCUAACUGAGAAUAAGUGGAUUGAUGAUAUGUUUGGCAUGAGAUCUUCGUGGAUCCCAGCGUUCUAUCGUCAUGAGCCUAUGUCUGGGCUUAUGCGGACCACUUCUAGAUCAGAGAGCGAAAACCAUUUUUUCUGUCAAGUGGCGAAUUCUCAACUUACCCUUGUUGAGUUCUUUAACCAUUUUGAUGGUGCAAUGGACAUUCAAAGAUUCAACCAUCGGAAGAAUGACCAUAUAUCUAGAAAUACAGUCCCCGAUAACUUUUCUGAAUCUACUCUAGAGGAUGAUGCCAUGAAAAUUUACACCAGGUCAAUUUUUGCUGAUCAACAGGCAGAGUUACAAGGAACACUGUCCGAGUGCCUUCCGAUGGAGACUAAAAUUGAGGAACCUUUUUUGAAGAUAAGUAUGAAGGAUUGGAAAGCUCACGGCGACGGUUUAUUAGAGGUAUGUUUCAAGAAGGGGGAGGAUGUAAUUGCAUUAUGCACUUGUCGCAGGUUUGAACAAUAUGGAUUGUUGUGCAAGCAUAUAUAUUUCGUGUUCAAGAUGUUCAAAGUGAAGGAAAUUCCCAACAAGUAUGUAAUGAGAAGAUGGACUAAAGAUGUGGUACCGAAUGAUCUUAAUAAUACAUUUGAUAUUACUGUUGACGGUGAUGAUGCGCAUAAAAAGGCCAAAGAGGUUGCGUAUGAGAUUAUGCAGACAGGAGAGUAUCUUAUUGGUAACCUGAUCAAAGAUUUCAAUCAUCUACUUAUAGUCAGGGAUCGGAUGAGAGAGAUGAAAGAAAUGGUUGAUGAACUUCGCAUAACCAAGCCCAUCGACCCUAAGUUUGAUAGAUAUUCAAGGUUAAUUGGUUACGAGAAACCAAACACUGACGAUCCACCUACAGUCCGUGUGCCAACUGGUAUUAGAAACAAAGGACGCGGUUCACAUAAGCGCAUUAAAUCAAAAAAAGAGAAAAUUAUUAGUCUAAAAGGCAAGAGAGGUCGGACAUGCAGUCACUGCAAUAUCAAAGGUCAUGACAUUCGAACUUGCAAGGUGUUAAAGGGUGAAGCUACUGCUGCUGAUAAGGUUGCCAAUAAGGAGGGGAGGAAAAGAAGAGCAAUUCAGUUAGAGAAGGAUCCUAAUUUAGUUGAUGAAGAGGACGAGGAGGUUGAAACUGGUGACGAAGAGGAGUUUGAGGAGUCCGACGAAGCAGAAGAUAGUGAUUUUGAAUGCGAAGACGAGUAG